CUCUCAGUCCUCCUCGGUACGUGUUUCUCUUCGUGAGUGGACAUUUCUGAGCGUGUUCGUGUCAUGACACAGCGCAGCGCGGGAUCCAAGUGGUCGCCUCUCACGCCACUGGAGCUCCACGGUCCAGGACCCUUUCCCAGCGCUUUGAGUUUGGUCACAUGAAAUAUGCGAUGUUCGCAGGAGCGCCCGGUUCCUUUUCUGCUGCUGCACUUUGUUUUCAUUUUGGCAUCCGGCCACGAAGAGCUCCCCGACCCUGGCACCCUCCUCUCCCUCUUUGCAGAGCAAGGUCAUUUGUUCCAGUCAGAGUCAGAUGUGUCCAUCGUCCACCCAGAGAAAACCGAUGCUCAUGGAGAGUUCAUCACCCACUCACUGUCUCACCACUUCCAGGGUGGAAGAGUCAGACGUGACCUGCGACCCCUCGCCUCGGAGGAACAGGUUUACUAUAAGGUCAACUACAGGGGUCGAGCUUUAUUGUUCAAUUUGACUGCGAACACUAACCUGCUUUCAAAUGACUACGUCCUGGAGAGGAGGAACGGCAGCUCCAACAGGACUGAGCAUCGUCCCUCUGGGGGGAAUUCCUGCCACCUCCUUGGCACCGUGAAAACAUCUGAUGUGAGAGGAACUGCUGCCAUCAGCACCUGUAAUGGACUGAGAGGCUUGUUCUCGCUGCCAGAGGGACAAUAUUUUAUCGAACCUGCCCAGAAAUCUGUUGAAGAUCCUGCAGGGACUCCAGAGCCCCACCUUGUCUAUCCCAGAGUUCCUACAGAAAAUCACAGAAAAAAACGCAGCUCAGAGUCUAGGGACACACCCAGCGCGUGUGGAGUUCAAGAUGCUCCAAGUGACUCUGUCCAGGUGGAGAGGGAGCGGGAGGAGUGGGAGAGGGAGCAGCAGAGGGGGGAGGGUCAUGCUCAGUCUCGCUCCCAGCGCUCGGUCAGCAGAGAGCGUUGGGUGGAGACCAUGGUGGUGGCCGACUCCAAACUCAUCGAAUAUCACGGCAGCGAUAAUGUCGAGUCCUACAUCUUCACCAUCAUGAACAUGGUGGCAGGAAUCUUUCAUGAUGCCAGUAUUGGGAAUGCCAUCCAUGUCAUCCUGGUGCGCCUCAUUUUGUUACAGGGAGAAGAGAAAGGGUUGAAGAUUGUGCACCAUGCAGACACCACUCUGGCCAGUUUCUGUGCUUGGCAGAAAAACCUCAACCCUCAGAGUGACACACACCCAGCUCACCAUGACGUGGCUGUGCUGGUCACCAGGAAAGACAUCUGUGCUGGGAUGAACCAGCCCUGUGAGACCCUGGGUCUGUCUCAUCUGUCUGGGAUGUGUCAGCCUCACCGCAGCUGCAAUAUCAAUGAGGACUCAGGACUACCUGUCGCUUUCACCGUCGCUCAUGAAAUGGGCCACAGCUUUGGAAUCCAUCAUGACGGCCAGGGAAAUGACUGCGAGUUGGCAGGGAGGCACCCCUUCAUCAUGUCCAGACAGCUGAUGUACGACAGCUCGCCACUCACUUGGUCUUCCUGCUCCAAAGAAUACAUCACCCGCUUCCUCGAUCGUGGAUGGGGUUUCUGUCUGGACGAUCGUCCUUCCAAGAGGGAUCUAACCACGCCGCUGGCUCGCCUCGGCGUCCGCUACACUACGCACCACCAGUGCCAGCUCCAAUAUGGCCCCAAUGCUACGUUCUGCCCUGAGGUGGAUAACGUUUGCCAGAUUCUCUGGUGUUCAGUGAACGGCUCCUGUCGCUCCAAACUGGACUCGCCCAUAGACGGCACCCGCUGCGGACCAGAGAAGUGGUGUAUCUCCGGAGAGUGUGUGAUCGUGGGAAAACUCCCAGAGACUGUGAACGGAGGCUGGGGACAGUGGAGUACCUGGUCUCACUGCUCCAGGACCUGCGGGACAGGGGUUCAGUCAGCGGAGAGGGAAUGUAACAGCCCCAAGCCAGAGUUUGGAGGAAAGUACUGUACCGGAGAAAGGAAGCGUUAUCGGACGUGUAACACAAAACCCUGCCAGAAGGACAAACCGACCUUUCGGGAGAUGCAGUGCAGUGAGUUUGACACCGUGGCCUACAACAACGAGCUCUACCAGUGGAUUCCUGUGGCCAACCCCUUGAACCCCUGCGAGCUGCACUGCCGACCAGUCAAUGAUUAUUUCUCGGAGAAGAUGCUCGACGCUGUGACGGACGGAACGACGUGCUUCAUGAACAACAAGUCCAGAAACAUCUGUGUCAACGGAGUGUGCAAGGACGUCGGCUGUGACUGUGGCAUCGACUCGAACGCAGUGGAGGACCGCUGUGGGGUUUGCCUGGGCGACGGCACAAGCUGCGAGACGGUCUAUAAGUCGUUCGACGAGGCAGAGGGCUUCGGGUACGUGGAUGUGGGUGUGAUACCUGAGGGGGCGCGGGACAUCCUGGUAACGGAAGUCAAGGAGGCAGGUAACUUCCUGGCCCUGAGGAGUGAGGCGUCGGAGGAGUACUUCCUCAACGGCAACUUCAUCAUCCAGUGGAACGGGGAGUACGAGGCCGGUGAGACAACGUUCUACUACGAACGCAGCGGGAACAUGGAGAACCUCACUGCUCCUGGACCCACCAAACAGCCAGUCAUGCUCCAGCUGCUGUUUCAGGAGAAGAACCUGGGUAUAAAGUACGAGUACACGAUAAAGAAGACCAAAGAGGCAGGAAAUGAGAUCAUUGAACCCACUUACAGUUGGAGACACGGGGCAUGGACAGACUGCAGCACCACCUGUGGCUUAGGUGUGCAGUACCAGCCUGUCCGAUGCUUCGAGGUGGACGUGGGCGUAGUGGACGAGUCUCUGUGUGACCCGGAGAGUCGUCCUGAAGACAGACACCGAAAAUGCAAGACGAUGGAUUGUCCCGCAAGGUGGUGGGUUGGAGGUUGGCAGCAGUGCACAGCCACCUGUGGAUCAGAUGGUGUGAGAAAGCGAACGGUGCUGUGUGUUCGCACAGUCUCUGCAGAGGAGAGGGUCCUCCACCCUGUGGAAUGCAAACAUCUCCUUAAACCCAAACCUGUGGUGCCGUGCAACAGAGACGUACCGUGUGGGCAGGACUGGGCGGUCGGGAACUGGGAAGAGUGCCCAGUCACAUGCGGAGGAGGAGUUCGCUCGCGCAUGGUCACAUGCACAGUCGCACCCAAAAAGACCUGUGACCUCUCAACCAAACCUCGGUCCAGAUCACUGUGUGCCCUGCAGAGCUGCCCUAACUCAAGUCUUCGUAGACGACCCGGGCCUGCCCCCAAAUACCGUCGCAUCUACCCACCGAAGAGCCCCCCUGCCAGGCCUCCAGCUCCCCCUACCUGGGCUCCCACCAGCCCCACAGCCACAUCCGCUGUCCCUGCGACGAAGAAAACAGCCAAAGAAACGACAACAGCUGUUGUCCAAACCACCAAAUCUCCUUCUGAAACCACAACCCCUGAAAUCAUCGACAAAGAUGAUGAUUAUGAGUUCAGUGUUGUAAUGAGGAAAAAUGGGGAUAAGAGGGGGAAGGUUUUUCCUUCUAAACCCAGCUCUGUGGAAAAGGAGAAGAAAGCAAGUGGGGUGGAAAAAGAAAACAUGGAGGGAGAGGAGGGAAGUACGCCAAACGUGGUGAUGUACACUCCAGGAUAUGAUUAUGUUGUCGAGGAUAGGACGGCAGAAGAGGAAGGGAUCAUCAACCUGGAUGUUUCUACCACGGCUACAUCCUUGAAAAAUCCUCCCACGUCAACCACUUCACAAACAAGUCCACCCACCGUGAACACAACCAGAACACCCACCACAACCAGCUACUCCACCCCACGCACCAGCACUGAAACAUGGGUAAAGACAACUCACCACUUAUCCAACCCCCACACCAGUCCACACAGACACUGGACACACAGGGCUCCCCUCACCACUCCCAUGUACAAGAACCACUCAGUCCCGUUGAAAACCGGCUUCCACACAACACGCGCUCCCUCCACAACUGCAAGAAAAGUGUUCACCACUGCAGCAUCGGCCCAGCCCACAGUAAAGAUAAUUAAAGUGAAGAAACCUGCUGUGACGCCAAAGAAAAACAUUUCUGUCUCACGUGCUAAAAAGCCCUCGUCACGGUCCAAAGGCUCCAAGAACCAAAACCGGCGACCAGGGAGUCCCGUGAGCAGCUCCACCAGUGACCACAGCAUCGUGAUGACCAGGGAGCCAGUCAGCAUGGAUAUAUCCUGGGUUGUAGGAAACUGGAGCGAGUGUUCAACAACAUGUGGCAUUGGUGCAAUAUGGCGAACAGUCAUGUGCAGCUCUCAGAAGGUUGAGGACUGUGCCAACGUGAAGAGACCUGAACCUGCACGUACGUGUGAGCUGCAGCCCUGUGCCACCUGGCAAAGUGGCAGCUGGAGCAAAUGCCCAGAUAACUGUGCAGUGGUGGGAAGGAGGUACCGCGACGUCCAGUGUGUCGAUUCUCAGAGCAAACGUCCCCUGAGACCGUUCCACUGUCAAGCAGAGUCCAGCAGACCCAUCAGCUCUCUGACAUGUCCCCACAAGCCCUGUAUGACCUGGAGCAUAUCACCCUGGGGACAGUGCUCCGGCAGCUGUGGCGAAGGCAUCAGGGAGCGUCUGGUGUACUGUCCCGAGCCUCAUCGCUGCAGCACCACGCUGAGACCAAACGACACAGACACGUGCAGCCUAAAGCCGUGCACGCACUGGAAGACUGAGGAGUGGGAGGAGUGUCCUGUGAGUUGUGGCGGGGGUCAGCAGCACCGGCAUGUCAACUGUGUGAGUGACCAAGAUUCAGCUGUGAUGCCAAACAGCCUCUGUGAGAAGAUUUCCAAACCAGAAACACUCAGGAAGUGCAAUACGCAGGAAUGCAAGACAAACACAGGUCCAGUUUGCAGGAAGAACACCAUGUCCUCACGCUUCUGUGACAAGCUGAAGCUACUGGGUCGCUGCUCUCUCAGAUCGGUCCAAAGACAGUGUUGUGUCACCUGCGGGCCAUAACCAGGGUUACACACACACACACACACACACACUUAUAUAUGACACAGUAACACUUACUGUAUCUUCAUGCAAUACAUGAAAUAAGGUCAAAGCAUCUAAAGACUGACACAUUCAAACCAAAGUCCCAGUGACUUUUAAUCAGCACAAUCAAACCUCCAUCGGUUAUGAUAUUAUUAUUUUUUACCUAUUUAGGUCACUUUUUUCAAUGAACAUUUUUGCGAAGAGGUUUUAAAGAAGCGAGCAAAAGAUAAACCAGAUAAAAUAAAUGCAGAAUUAAAAUAUAACUUUUAUUUAAAAAAUAGCAAAUUUAUUUGAAGGCAAAUUCAAUAUUUCAGUCAAAGCUUACAUCAAAAACAUUAAAACAGUAAAAUUACAAAUUAAAGCUCAAGAGCUAGUUCUACACAGUUGUGACAGAUUAGAUUGUACUACAUCGUACAGGAUGCACUUUCUUUAUUCAGUAAAAACAGAAAUGACAUACACAGUGCCAAUCUCUCUUAUAAUCAAGGUGCUCCACAGUCAAGUUACCAGUUCUAUUUUUAUUUCUAAGUGACGAGUAAAAUAAUGCAGAAUGUAAAUAAAGAUUUUUUUUGUUACUACUUUAUUAAAUUGUUAAUAGUAUUGGUAAUCUAUGUGUUUUUACUCACAUAUAGCUGGUUUUUUUUUUUUUGCCGGCACUGUGUGUUAACAUUUUUCCGGGUACAAGUUUUCCUGAUUUAGUUAUUUUUGUUUGAAUCGUCAGCGGAUUAAAAAAAAGAAAAGCAGAACCCGCUCAGUUCUCCAGCUCGAACCUUGGUGCUUCUCCUCUGGUGUGAGAUUGAUGUAUGAGAAAGAGGUGUUGCAGGUCAUCCCUCUCAGGUCCCUCUAAAAAUGGCCUCUGUGUUUGUAUGAUAUUGUACAGGCAUCACCACCAGUGUCGUGUAUCUGGUACGUCACCAUCACAUGUCUCCAUCGUUAAUAAAAAGAUAUUUGUGACGAAGCUGCUUUAUAGCUGAGACAUUGAAUAACAUGUUCUUUUAGUUUGUGUACUCCUCACUCUGUUUGAUGUACAUGUAUAUAAGGUCAUCUAGAUUAACACCUCAUGUCAACUAUUUAAAUCAGCGCCGUCUUCAUCUGCAUCAUGGUUUCCUGCUUUAUGACCUCUUCCGCUUUGUGGCCUGUUAUUUCAAGGUCAUUCUCGCCUGAGAGUGCCAGAUGCCGCUGGAUGUGUGUAACACCAGAAUCAGUAGCGCCAGGCUCUGUUUCAGGAAUCAGGUUCAGCUGGCCCAGAUUUCCCAGGCUCCUCUGUGCCAUUAGAGGAAUUGUGGCCCCGCGCCACACA